CCAAAAGAUUUUGAACCCAAUCCAAUCCAAUCCAAGCCGGUCUCUGCAGAACUGCUUCGUCUCCAACGCCUGAAACACGAAAACCCUUUUCUCUGUCUCUGUUUCUCGGAGAAGAAACAUUUAGGGCUUGAUUGAUCCGAGUUCUUGAUUCCUGAACAUCCAAAACCGAACCCUAAUUCCCAAUUCAAUACGCUGUCCAAGUAUCACAAGUAGUUCUAUUCCUUCUGAAGCAAACCCUAAUUGAGCCCUAAGAACCCCAACAGGCUGGUUUAUUAGUCUCGUGUGGAAAACAAAAAGGAUUGAAGAGCUAUGAGCAGAAGCCGAAAUGAGUAGGCUUUCAUUCAGACCCCGCCCUCUUGAUAUUCACAAAAAGCUCCCCAUUGUCAAGUCUGUUAAGGACUUCGAAGACGAUGACACCCCAACUUCUACUCGCAAUUCUCAGCUUCUGCGUCUCGCCGCCGAUGCCGCCAUUGAAACUGAGGUGCCCCAAACCCCCACCAACAAGAAACUCGCUCCUGAAAUACCAACUCCUCAGUUUGUUGUUGUUGACACUUAUGAACGCGACUAUUCUCGCACUUUUGCCCAACCCAAUUCGUACCUUCGCGCAAGAGGAGCUCGGGCCGAGCUCGGAGAGUUUGUGGAGUAUGACCUAGACAAUGAGGAUGAGGACUGGCUCUACGAGUUCAACAAAGAAAAGAAUAUUCUUGCUCCUGACAAGCUUGAGAGUAUUAUUUUUAAGUUGGAGGUUUUGGAUCAUAAGGCGCGAGAAAGAGCAGGAGUUAUAACUCCUACACUUGCUUCACCAAUCCCUGUACUUCUACAACAUGAUGUUGCUAGUGAGGCUCUCCAACCUCAGUCCCUCAGAUAUGCUGUUAUCCAAUCUAUUUAUAAUUAUUGGAAAGAGAAGCGUGAACGAUGGCAGAAGCCUAUUUUGCGUCGUUUGCAGCCUCCUCCACCGGUUAAUGACACCAACCCAUACAAUGUCUUUAGGCCAAGGGAGAAAACCCACAGACUGCACACAAGAAGGAUGCAAAGAAGGGAAAACAAUGUGCAGUCAUUUGAAAAGCUUCGUCAGGUCAGACGCAACCUGGACCAAGCCAAGACCAUACUGGAGGCUUUAAUCAAGAGAGAAGAGAAAAAGCGGGAAGUCAUGGAGAUUGAAGUUAGUCUUCAAAUAAUCCAAAUGAAGUACAAGCAUGAAACUGAGCUCCUGGAAGAUAGCUUGGCCCUUCCGGGAUUUCCACCUGUAUCUUGCAAAUUUGGUUCAAGUGAGGAUGAAUUUGUUGAUUCAGAUGAUGUUGCAAACAGUCGGCCCCGCACACGACCUUCUGCAGUACAGAAUCCGCCUUUAACUGACUCCAAUAUGGUACAGAAGCAAGAGUUUAGGCGGCGGCAUGCCCCACAAGGGUGGCUUCAUAAAAUGGAUCCUCUUGAACCAGUUUUGUUAUUUACAAGACCUCUAGUUCCAGAGAAGUUGGCAGCUGCAGGCAUUGUUCCACCAUCAGAUUCUUCAACGAAAAAUGGAGUACCGACACCACCUUAUAAAUUUCGAGGAAGAAUUGGCAGAGGAGGCCGAUUGGUAUUUGAUAGAUGGAACCCCUUGAUGCAUACUCCAAUGGACUGUGGGAAUUCUUUUUAUAUACCACCUAAACCUCGACCUACAACAUACAAUUGAUUUUAUUGCCUCUCGUGUUUCGUCUUCCAGUUGUGGCAGACAACUCACUGGAAAGAGGUGCAAUUAACUAUUUGGAAGACAUUGAGGGGGGUUCCUGGGGAAACUGUGUGGUUGUGUUAACCUUCUCUCACGCCAGGAUAUGGGUAUCCAUGGAAGCCUGCCAUUCUUGUAAUUUUGACUAGAGAUCAAGGGUACUUAUGGAAGGGAAGGAGGGUUGAUGUAUUGUAUUUUCCUUCUGUUAAUGCUUGUUAAAAUUGUAUUCAUCUGCCCUGCUCUUCCCCAUGUACAAAGCAACUCUAAAAUUCUUGAGAGGCAGAUCCAAUGUCUCAUUUCCCUUUACCAA